UGCCCCAUCAUUAGUGUCAGUGUGUGAGGAAUAGUGUCCCAUCAUUAGUGUCAGUGGGAGGAAUAGUGCCCGAUCAUUGGUGUCAGUGGAAAAAUCGUGCCCCAUCAUUGGUGUCAGUGGGAGGAAUAGUGCCCCAUCAUUGGUGUCAGUGGGAGGAAAUAUGCCCCAUCAUUGGUGUCAGUGGGGAGAAAAGUGCCCCAUCAUUGGUGUCAGUGGGGGAGGAAUAGUGCCCCAUCGUUGGUGUCAGUGGGGAGGAGGAAUAGUGCCCCAUCAUUGGUGUCAGUGGGGAGAAAAGUGCCCCAACAUUGGUGUCAGUGGGAGGAAUAGUGCCCCAUCGUUGGUGUCAGUGGGAGGAGGAAUAGUGCCCCAUCGUUGGUGUCAGUGGGGGAGGAAC